AGACAGACGUGCUAUUAAAAGUUUACACAUUUGAAAUAAUUUACUUGCUUGAGCGCAUGAAAAAUAGCAGAACCUCUGAUGAAACAAUUUUGUGUGGAUUGACAUGUGCAUGAAAGAUUUCACUCCUUUCCUUAGUGGAAAUCAAUGGAGUCAAAUAUUUUGUUCGAUUUUCACUAAAAUAAUAAGCAGCUGCUGUUGUAGAUUAUUAGAAUCGAUCACACAGCACAGUGCUAUACGUCAAACAUAUUUCGAGUAAAAAGUUUGGCAUCAGAAAACAGGAAAUAAAUAUUGCAGUCAUUCGAAACAAUUCAGUCGUCGGGAACAGAUAUAAAAUUCAACAAAAAUAAAAAUAUAAAAAUGGGAAAGGAAAAUAAAUAUAAACCGAAUGCCGAAAAACCAAGCAAACCAACCAUCAAGCGGUACUUCGGCAAGCCCCUCCAAGAGCAUCAACUAAAAGCUACAGGUGCGUCUGCGGAAGGAGACAAGGUUACUCACCCUCCGUAUGGAGGUCCUGCCGCCUCUGGCUUGCAGAAGCAGAAGCAGGAAGAGGAGCAAGGAGAAUGGCAGACACAGAGGUGUCAGAAGAGGCGCGAUAAGGCCGGGGAAGGCUGGGGCGGAAAGCAGCAGCAGCAGCGGCAGCAGCAACUUCCACAACAGCGCGGACAACACCGCGAUCCUAUAGAAAAACAGAACCAGCAACAGCAGACAGUACAACGGCGUCUUCAGGGCCACAAUGAACAACACCAAGGAGGCUCCCAGUUCUAUGGUCCACCAAAACCGCAAGACGAACUCCCAAAAUGGCCAAGAGCCCAGAACCGAGGUCUGCCUCUGCAGCCUCUGCAGAAUCUGCUCCCUCAGACCCAAAAAGUGGUGCCGCCACUCCCAGCAGGCACCAUGAAACGUGGAACUUUGGGAAAACCAGGUCAAGUAUCUGUUAAUUAUCUCGAAGUUAACUUGGAUAAAAUGCCUGCGGUGGCCUAUCAGUACGAUGUGAAGAUCACGUCAGUAUGUCCUAAGAAGUUCUAUCGUCAGGCUUUUGAGCAGUACAGAGUUGAACAUUUGGGCGGUGCGAUUGCCGCAUAUGAUGGACGUGGAUCGUGCUACUCAGUUGUGAAACUAAAAUGCAGCCCCCAGGGCCAAGAAAUGAAGGUAACAGAUCGCCACGGCCGUACCUUGAAUUACACUGUGGAGCUCAGGAAGACGCAGGAAUCGGAAGUCGAUUUGAGCUCACUAAGAAGCUACAUGAAGGACAAGAUUUAUGAUAAGCCCAUGCGAGCCUUGCAGUGUCUGGAGGUUGUGUUGGCGGCUCCCUGUCAUAACACCUUCUUGAGGAUGGUCUCGUGGUGGGACGUUAGAUCGUUGACCUGAUUGCGCGCCCAGCGCUCACGUCUCUCGUCAUACGUGCUGGAGAAUAGCAGCUCAGUGUCCUUUUUUCCGUGCGUUCCACGGGAGCCUCGUGCCGUACGCCUACCUUCGAUAAAUUUGAUCUGAACCUUGUCGCUGAA